AUGGCAAGUCCAGACUGGGGAUAUGAUGACAAAAAUGGUCCUGAACAAUGGAGCAAGCUGUAUCCCAUUGCCAAUGGAAAUAACCAGUCCCCUGUUGAUAUUAAAACCAGUGAAACCAAACACGACACCUCUCUGAAACCUAUUAGUGUCUCCUACAACCCAGCCACAGCCAAAGAAAUUAUCAAUGUGGGACAUUCCUUCCAUGUAACUUUUGAGGACAACGAUAACCGAUCAGUGCUGAAAGGUGGUCCUCUCUCUGACAGCUACAGGCUCUUUCAGUUCCAUUUUCACUGGGGCAGUACAAAUGAGCAUGGUUCAGAACAUACAGUGGAUGGAGUCAAAUAUUCUGCCGAGCUUCAUUUAACUCACUGGAAUUCUGCAAAGUACUCCAGCCUUGCUGAAGCUGCCUCAAAGGCUGAUGGUUUGGCAGUUAUUGGUGUUUUGAUGAAGGUUGGUGAGGCCAACCCAAAGCUGCAGAAAAUACUUGAUGCCCUCCAAGCAAUUAAAACCAAGGGCAAACGAGCCCCAUUCACAAAUUUUGACCCCUCUACUCUCCUUCCUUCAUCCCUGGAUUUCUGGACCUACCCUGGCUCUCUGACUCAUCCUCCUCUUUAUGAGAGUGUAACUUGGAUCAUCUGUAAGGAGAGCAUCAGUGUCAGCUCAGAGCAGCUGGCACAAUUCCGCAGCCUUCUAUCAAAUGUUGAAGGUGAUAACGCUGUCCCCAUGCAGCACAACAACCGCCCAACCCAACCUCUGAAGGGCAGAACAGUGAGAGCUUCAUUUUGA